UCCCCGCACCCUCCACAACCGCUGCCACCCACGCGCACCACCACCACACACGGCCGCCACUCCCAGUCGCGCUCUUCCCCUGUCUCCCCAGCGAGUCGCUCCGUCGUCUCUGCUCCAAAGCGACUCCUUCCAGCGUCGUCGUCGUUACUCCGAGCGGCAGCAGCGGCGCACACGGCGCGGACGGGAGCGACUGCGGCAAAAUGAUGCUCAGCACUAGCAGCAUGUCGGAGGGCUACCUGCGCACGGUGACGCCCUCCAUGGGAGAGCUGCACACCAGCACGCUGGCCCUGCCGCCCGAGCGGGAGCUGGAGCGCAGCAUGGGGGGCUCGCGGGGCCAGAGCGACCGCGUGCACCAGCAGGUGUCCAUGAUGAUGGAGAGGAGCCGGGGCUACAACACCGUGGCGAGCCUCAAGAACAAGUCGAGGGCGCAACGGCUCCAGCGAACCGCCAGCCAGCCCGAGAAAUUCUUCGCUCAGACGAUGAACGGAGGAGGGACUCUGUCGCAGGCGAGCGCAUCCAUGUCCUUCGCGCAGACCCCGACACGGAACUACUCGUCCAGGUCCCAGGGAUACAUCUUCGACACCAAGAUCUCCCGUCCUCGCACGGCGGGCGCAGGCGACGGCAUGCGGCGGGCGGAGAACGGUGGCGACACUUACCGGCGGCCCGGCACCGCUUCGUCGGCCGUGGACGGCUACUCGAGCUACGGGCGGCGCACGCUGUCGGUGGCGCGCCCGCUAGUGUACGAGGAUGUCCGGCUGCCCGGCCCGCCGUCCCUGCGCCUCGACGUGAGCCCCGGCGAGCAGCCGCUGCCAGCCCCCAGGGUGGUCCUCGAGCGGCAAAGCGUGUACGGGUCGCAGAGCGCCAGCGGGCUCCAGUCGAUGAACCGUCGGCAGGCGACCAUGUCGCGGGUGGUAACGCCCACGCCGGCGCUGCCUGCGAACGGCAUCACGACGCUCGGCCACUACUCGAUGGCCGGCGGUGGCGGCGGCGGUUACUACGAGGAGUAUGUGGUGCCCCAGCAACCGCAACCGCAGUAUUUCAAGACCAUGCCCAACAUGGGUCAGCAGCAGCAGCACCACCACCAGCACCAUCAUCAGCAAAGCAGCACCAUGUCACGGAGCUACCAACAGCAGCAGCAGCAACAGCAGCAGCCGCAGCUGCCGCCUCCGCAGCUGGUGCAGGUGCAGCAGGCGAUGCCUCUGAGACGCCCGACCACCGCGCCGAGCUACGACCAGUUGGAUUACACCGGAGCCGAUCAGGCGGCCGAAGAGAGCCGCAGCGGAUUCGGAUCGAGCGCCACCGCAAGCACAACGACACGCACCACGCAGGUGCGGCAGGUGCAGCAGCAGCAGCAGCAGCAGGAGCAGGUUCGGCCGCCGAGCCCGGCGCAGAGCACCGCGUCGCAGUUCUCCACCAUGCAGCACACGUCGAGCGGCGCCGAGUGGGGCCGCACAGCGCAGGCGUCCUUCAACACGAUGCUGUCGCAGGGCAUGACGCUGGAGAAGGCGGUGGAGAUGCUGCGCAGCAAGCGGGACCCGCAGGACCUCGCCUACGCCUCGGCCUUCAUCCAGAGCGCCUGCUACCGCAACCAGGCCAACAAGGACAAGGUCUACACGCUGAUGGGCAUCCGGGAACUGGUGGAGCUGCUGCAGGAGAACCGGAGCGCGGAGGUGCAGAGCGCGGCAUGCGGCGCUCUGCGCAAUGUCAUCUUCGAGGACAAGCGCAACAAGCUGGAGCUGCGCAACGUGCAAGGCAUCCCGGCGCUCGCCGGCAUGCUGGGCGCCAGCAAGGACAAGGAGGUGCUGCGGCAGGCCACCGGCGCCCUGUGGAACCUGUCGUCGUGCGAGGAGCUGAAGCAGCAGCUGCUGCACGAGGUGCUGGAUCCGCUGGUGGAGCGAGGGGUGGUGCCGCACUCGGGCGUCGGCAACGUGGCCAACACGCUCAACAGUGACCCUGAGAUCUUCUACAACGCCACGGGGUGCCUGAGGAACCUGAGCUCGGCGGGCGUGGAGGCACGCAAGCAGAUGCGCGAGUGCGAGGGGCUGGUCGAGUCGCUGGCGCUCUUCACCGAUAAUGCCGUCACGUCCGGCAAGCUCGAGGAGCGGCAGGCUCGCGUGGGCCGCACCCUGGGCACGGUGGAGAACUGCGUCUGCACCCUGCGCAACCUCUCCUACCAGCUGGGCGAGGAGGCCCCGCACCGCUACGCCGACGUCCUGCAGGAGCCGCCCUCGUACCCCACCCGCAGCAUGGCCGGGCCCGACGACGACACCACGGGCUGCUUCAGCGGCAAGAGCCGCCGCGUCCCGGGCCCGGGCGGCUACCGCUACGACCAGUACACGCUGCCCAUGCCCAACCCCAAGGGGAUGGAGUGGCUUUGGUGCCCGCAGCUCGUCAAGGCCUACAUGAGCGUCCUGGACAAGGCCAAGCAGCCCACGCUCAUGGAGGGCGCGGCCGGGGCGCUGCAGAACAUCACCGCCGGGGGAUCUAAGGCGGCGCGCUCGCUGGGCAACGUGGCGCUGAUGCACGGCGACGGCUCUGCCACGCUGGCCGACGCGAUGCACCGCUCCACCGACGCCAAGACAACCAAGGCGCUCGCCUUCCUGCUGCGGAACCUGUCGCGCAACCCGCAGAACCACGCUGAGAUGAACGCAAAGCUGGCCCCCACGCUCGUGGGCAUGCUGCCCGGGCGCGUCACGUCGGCCCAGCUGGACGACGAGGCGGUCAGCUCGGCGUGCUACUCCAUCUUCGACCUCGUGCAGGCGAACCCGGCGGCGGCGAAGCGCUUCCAGAGCCUGGGCACCGUGCGCAGCCUCGUGUCGCUCGUGCGAGACCGAGCCGGGGCUUAUCCAAAGUCAGCAGAGGCGUCUUCUCUGCUCCUCCACCAGUUCUGGGAGUUCAAGGACCUCAGGAAGGACUACAAGCGGGACGGCUUGAAGAAGGACGACUUCAUCAACAACUUCACGGUGAGGUCCGUGCAGAACCUGUACGGCCGGGACAGCAACUCGGACCGCUACCAGGACGGUACACUGAGGUACUAGGCGGCGACGAAGAGGGCAGCAGCAGCAGCGGCGACGCGACACGGGCGGUGCCGCCGUGCCGAUCGGCACCUGAGCUCGAGACGCUUCGGUGCACCCCCCGCAGAUUCAAGAGUCCAUAGAUGAUCCCCCCCCCCUCCGCUGCACAGUCGCGGCUCUUGCAUAACGCAUACAAGCGUGGAACGCUCCAUUCUCACUUGGCGGGUGUUUAGGAGAGGGUUGACUCGGCUUUGAGAGGCGCCAGCACCACGUGGGGUUUUCGCGGCUCUCUCCGGUCCGUUUCCGGGUCGUGCCGCGUGUUUUUACGUGGCGGCGACGUCCGACGUUUCCCCGAUGAAGCUCCCGGCACGUGGAGCGAGACGUCGGACAUCGUGCCAAAACAGCUCUGCGGCACGACCCCCAAAACACAUCGGAGAGUUAAGAAAAAACAUUGUGAGGCAGUGGAAGAGUUAUGGAUGAUUGUUGUUAAGGAGGGGAGAGUUUAUUUGCAGGCUUUGGCAGAGGGUUAGAGGUUUGAUUAGUUUUCUGCUGAAAGCCACGCAUUGUAUAUUUUUUUAAUGGCUGUUACUUAUGGAUGGACAUCGUAGCUGUAGAUGCAAACAGUAUUUCUUUUACAAUUUGUACAACAGAUAGCAUUACGAAAAUUUAUAAAGCACCUUCCUUGCUGACAAAAGUCGGCAAACGAUUAUUUUUCAAAAAAAUAUUUUUGAUUACAACAAAAAAAAACCCUGAAAGGCAAAAAAAUGCAACGUCAAAAGGUGCCAGGGUAGGCAAGGCUUCUAGCGAUUGUUGUUGUGAGGGAGUGGGAAUUCAUGCACCUGUGUGUGGAAGUGAAAGAGCAAAGAAAAUAAUCUGUAAUUGACGUGGGCCAAGUGGUGAGUCAAAGUUCACGAAACAACGCCGUGCACGGAAAUCUUUGGUGGCGGUGGCGGCGGCGGCGAUGGAUGUCACUGUCUCUAAAUGUACAUCGAUCUCAGACGCUCGCUUACCUGCUGCUGUUCGCAUUCUGUGAUAGAUUCGUUUUUGCGAAAACAUUUUUUUUGACAUUUUCACGGGGAUUAAAGCAAAAACAAAACAAUGCUGGACCAGAUAAGUUUGGCGAAUAGAUCAAGAGCCCCCUGGCUUGAUUCUUGACCAGGAUCGUUACUCUUAAAUGCGACAAUUCAUCUAAUCGCCAGGGGAACUAUCGCUCGUAAUAAUCGUCGAACCUCUCCUCUGCUAUUUUUCAAGAACUUCCCACGCAACGGUUCGAUUUUGCCCACUGUUUCGAAAAGCAACAGGGCUUCAUUGCAGCCGAGCCUCUCCAGAUCGGUCGGUGACCCGGAAAAUCUUUCCCCGCACCCGGCAACACCACAUCCAGUCACACCUCUCGCCGUGGCGACGGCUCCUAGCUCACGUGCCCAGCUUCUCCACUCGACCAGCCACCAUGGGGAAAAUAUUCGGCGAGGAAUUAAGCCGCCCGGACAGGGGACCAUCGCAGAGACACAGGGCCUCCGUCAUUGUGCGCCGUGAGUGGACUCGCACGUGCCGUUACCUCCGCAUGCGGCCCAUCGUUCCGCCGUCACUGACACUCCUGAGCGGGGAUGGCUGUGGUAGACAGGUACCUUUAACAUAUCGGUAGAGUGGGGGAGGGGUGAGCGUAUCAUGUAAUUCACAAUAAAGAGCUUAAAUGGUGAGAUAUAAAUAAUGCGGGCAGUGUAGUAAGCAGAAAACUAAAGCUACUGCGUAGGAUUUUGCGCGGUUGUGCUGCGUAGCAACGACGAUUCGUAUUUCCGGGUUGUGCCGACGUUGGUUUUAUCCGGCGCCACGUCCGACGUUUCCUGAAGAAGCUCUCAACACGCGGAGCGAAACGUCGGACAUCGUGCCGAACGACAGCACCACGGCACAAUCCGAAGACUGCUUCGGCGGGAAGAGUGGAGCGCAUCGCGUUGUGCGGUGGUAGCGGAGUGUGUGUCUGUAACGAGUAGGAACACAGGUGUCGUCUCAUUGAUAGGAUGGGUUGAAUUUAAAAAUAUAUAUUAUGACUAUAAGUACUAAAUGCUGGUGUUUUGCUUCGGUAAAUAAUAUUUGAGUUUUAUAAAAAAAAAAAUUAGUCAAAUACGUCGCGUAUGUUAUCACAGUCCAGUAUCUGUCUCGUAAAGUAAGUUAGCUCUUUCAUUGAUAAAAAAAAUUUUGCUUCUCAUUUUUGUCUCGUUUUACCCCCGGGGGUUUUAUUUUUUUUGCGCGUAGAUUAUAUCAUUAUUUUAGACGCCUUUCCGGGUUCGCAAACGCAAUGUAGAAUUAAUUAGGCGUUCGCUAACGAGUGCACAUGGGGGGCCGAACGGUCGGGUCGUCAUUGGCGGAUGUGAUCGCGAUGCCAACUACGGCGCAUACAGCACCAUCGUGCCUUGAAUGCCUGCUCGAGUCUAUAAUAUUGGUCGAUCGACUGAUGAAUUAAUAUUGACGAGUUGUGUUUUAUUCACCUAUUUUUGACAUUUUUCCUGAUGUUGUGUUUCAAUCGAAUUCGCUCGUGGGUAAGGCAAGGCGGAGGUUCAUUGUUUCUUUUUAAAGAUGAACUGAACUCACAGGAAUAAAAACACACUACACACAAGUCCAAUCUUUAUCAACCGCAUUCAAAUUAAAAGCCUUAACUUACAACAGAGGAGCCUUGCUCAGUAUUUAAAGGGCAGCUCAAGCGAAUGGCGAUGGAAGGGACAGGAUGCAAAUGAUGGUUGGGAGUGACGGUCCCAUAAUGCUCUGCUAGAGGUAUCCUUUUAUUACCUAUACCCCAAUGGGAAUGGAACCCAUUAACUGGACAUUAUUUAUAGUUAAAUGUGUGGUUAUCUCGGAAUGUAGCUUCCCGAGUUGCUUAAAAAAAGAGUAAAUUGUAGGAAGAUGUCGCAAAAUAUACUUUAAGUCAAUUAAACAUCAAAUGUAUAGCAUGUUACCGAUAUUUUAAGGUGUAUGCGUAAUAAUUGUUAUGACUUGUUAAAGCUUAGAUCUAGGUUUUCAGCCUUAAUUUAAAUGGCUGAGUCAGAAAAAAAACUGUUAAAUUUUCGUGUUCUGUCAAGGAGGGCGUGCAGCCAAUCACGUGCAAGCAAUGACAGUCGCUCGCUUGGUGGAUACAUAUUUUUAAAUCGAAUGCACACAAAAAAUGAUGGUCGGCAUCGCCAGUGGCCACGAUGCACAGGAAUCGCGAUCACGGGAAAGACCCCUGCCUGAAAUUUUACCGAAUUAGCAAAAGUUUAAUUUGUACAAGCCUCGUUAUGGGGAUCGAUGUUCCAACACUGAUCCGAUUGGCUUAAAACACACUCGCGUGUGCACGUGAUUGUCUGUUCGUUAUCAAGUUUACCUUUCUGCUCUGAGAAUGUGAGUGUGUGUGACAAUGAGGACAUUUUACAAUGUCUGGCCAUAGUGCCUGGGUUCCUGGCAUGAAAAAAAAACGUUUUAUGAUUAUAAUUUUUGUUGUUGUUGCUACGGGCUUGGUUUCCUACGCAUCUUGUUAAGUGCCCGCUUCUCUCCCUUUCAUUAGCCAGGCAAGAGGCCCUUUGAGAUUCGGCGAUGUCUCGUUUGUAACCUGGGGCUGACGUUCUGAGUACUUAAAAACGCGCCGCCGUGACCGCCCGCGACGCCGCGUCGCUCUGUAUGCUUACGCACGCACACAAACAAAAAAAAGCAAAAUAAAGUCGUUCAAAAAAGA